AUGGAAGCCGAAAUCCAGGCCCAGAUCCCUGGUCUGGACAGGGUGAUUUCCGAAUACUCCGUGGGAUACUUGACCCACGCCUCGAACCUUUACGUGGAGGAUGCAAAUGCGCCAUCCCCUCUCGCUGAAGCUGCAGAAACAGUGACAGAGCUUUUGGUCUCUGCGUCGGGCGAUUUCUCGCCGCAAAACUAUGAUGCAAUUGGGAAUCUAGUAGAGAAGUUCAUCACGACUCUUAGUUCCUCCAAUGGUAUAGACGCAGAGAGCAGACAAAUGCCGUUCACGGCUAAGAAGCUGGAUCAAACCAUCAAUGUCGGUUCCCAGCGUAAUCUCUCCUCGACUAUGGGGCUGGCAGCAGGCAACGUGGACCUGGAAUCGGCCAACGCUCGCAAAGUGGAAUCUCGAGUGGAUAAGAAGAAGCUGGAGAAGGCUGAACGCAAGAUUAGAGCCAAGCAAGAGAAGAAGCAGAUGAAAACCGUGCAAUAUGAGUCGUCACGCCUACUCAACCAACCUGAUGAAACAAUGACAUAUGAAGAAUUCUUCAUGGCAGUCAAUCCUUUACAAAUCGGCUCCGAUUCGCAGUCUAAGAGCAAGGAUGUGAAACUGGAUAGAAUUGAUAUCACAAUCGGAGGCCAGCGUAUUUUGACGGAUGCCGAUCUAACUCUCGCCUACGGUCGUCGUUAUGGUCUUGUGGGUCAAAACGGUAUCGGAAAGUCUACUCUGUUACGGGCUCUGAGCCGCAGAGAAGUCGCUAUUCCAAACCAUAUCUCAAUUCUUCAUGUAGAGCAAGAGAUCACAGGUGAUGAGACCCCGGCUCUUCAGGCCGUCUUGGAUGCAGACGUUUGGCGCAAGCAUCUACUUGAGCAGCAAACUAAAAUUACCAAUCAGCUAGCUGCUAUAGAAGAAGAAAGGUCUUCUUUAGCAGAUACUUCGAAAGAUGCUGCACGACUGGACCAUGAGCGCGAGGGAUUGGACAUUACAUUGAGCGAUAUCUAUUCCAAACUAUCCGAAAUGGAAUCAGACAAGGCCGAAUCGCGUGCAGCAAGUAUCUUGGCUGGUCUUGGGUUCUCUCCCGAGCGACAACAAUACCCAACGCGGACGUUUUCUGGAGGUUGGCGAAUGCGUUUGGCAUUGGCUCGAGCUCUUUUCUGUGAGCCUGAUUUGCUGCUUCUUGACGAACCGUCGAACAUGUUGGACGUUCCGUCUAUUACCUUCCUAUCGAACUAUCUUCAGGGUUAUCCUAGCACUGUCCUUGUGGUAUCCCACGAUCGUGCAUUCCUGAACGAAGUGGCCACCGACAUUAUUCACCAGCAUUCAGAGAGAUUAGAUUACUACCGCGGAGCUAACUUCGAAUCGUUCUAUGCCACUAAGGAAGAGCGAAGGAAGACCGCCAAGCGCGAGUACGAGAAGCAAAUGGCCGAACGAGCGCACCUACAAGCGUUCAUCGACAAGUUCCGUUAUAAUGCUGCAAAGUCAUCAGAGGCCCAGUCCAGGAUCAAAAAGUUGGAGCGUAUGCCGGUCUUGGAAGCCCCAGAAAGUGAAUAUGUCGUUCACUUCCAAUUCCCGGAGGUUGAGAAGUUAUCACCUCCAAUCGUUCAAAUGUCCGAUGUCUGCUUUGGCUAUACCCCCGAGAAGCCUCUUCUUAAAGAUGUCGAUCUGGAUGUGCAAUUGGACUCUCGGAUUGGUAUCGUUGGGCCGAACGGUGCUGGUAAGACCACCGUGCUCAAACUUCUCACCGGUCAGCUUCAGCCCACCAAGGGAUUGAUCUCUGCCCAUACACGACUGCGCAUUGGUUUCUUCGCGCAGCAUCAUGUAGAUGCCCUGGACCUGACCACUAGCGCCGUGAGCUUCAUGGCCAAGACAUACCCGGGCAAGAGUGACGAAGAAUACCGACGGCACCUUGGCGCAUUCGGUAUUACCGGCAUGACUGGUCUCCAACGGAUGGAGCUACUCUCAGGAGGUCAAAAGUCCCGUGUUGCAUUUGCGUGCUUGUCCCUCACCAAUCCUCACAUUCUGGUGCUCGACGAACCUUCCAACCAUCUGGAUAUCGAAGGUAUGGAUGCUCUGUCCGAAGCACUUACGCGAUUCGAGGGAGGUGUGGUCAUGGUCUCCCACGACGUUACCAUGCUUCAGAAUGUGUGCACUAGUCUCUGGGUCUGUGACCAAGGAACGGUGCAUAAAUUUGAUGGAGAUGUCAAGGCGUACAAGAAGAUGAUUAGUGCGCAAGCUGAUGAGGCUGGUGUGGUAGCUAAACAUUAA